AUGGUAGUAGACAUAGAGGAGGAGGAUCUGAUUAUCCAGUGUGAUACAUUUGAGGAGUUCAAGAUAGAAGAUGAUGAGGAAUUGUUAAAGAUAUGUGAUGGGAUAAACAUGAACGAUCAUCAUGAGGUCUUUUCAUCUCUCUUCAAUAAAGUGAGCCGCUCUCCAGUCUCCAUCCAGCUGUUGUCCAUCCUCCAGAGCCUUCUGCACCUGGAACCAUCUCACCACUCCAGCCUCUUGCUAUGGGAGUCCCUGGAUGCUGUAGUGAACAGAGCCAUUUUGCUCGCAAAUGACAUCCAAGGGAACACAGUUGAAGAAGUCAUCGAGAGGUUGUUAUCUAUCAAGAAACAUCCAAACAAGCAAAAGCGAGCUGAAAACCGUCUGUCCGGGAAUACAAGUGAAGGUGUUCAGACUGAACUGGAACCCCCGCCGCCGCCCCGGCCCGGCAGGGCGCCCGCCCCAGGAGAUCAUAUAGAAGCCAUUGUGGCUGCCCAAUUCAGUUGCCCGGUCGGCUCCAGCAGGCCCAUCCGCAAAGCGGUGAAGACACCGACACUGAGAAUGAAGAAGUUGAACUGGCAGAAGCUGCCCUCCAACGUGGUGAGAGAAGGUCACUCGAUGUGGGCUUCAGUGAGUAGCAGCAGCGAGGAAACCAUAGAGCCCAAUUAUACAAGCAUAGAGCAACUGUUUUGCUUUCCGCAACCAACCCCCAAGGAGAAAACGGCUGCACCAGUGAAGGCAGAACCGAAGGAGAUCACAUUUUUGGACUCCAAGAAAAGUCUCAAUUUGAACAUAUUUUUGAAGCAAUUUAAAUGCUCCAAUGAAGAGGUGGCUGCCAUGGUCCGGAACGGGGACAGGACCAAGUUUGAUGUUGAGGUGCUGAAGCAGUUGCUCAAGCUGCUGCCUGAAAAGCAUGAGAUAGAAAACCUGAAGGCCUGCAAAGAAGAGAAAUCAAAGCUAGCAAAUGCGGAUCAGUUUUAUCUUCUCCUCCUUCAGAUUCCCAGCUACCAGCUGAGAAUUGAAUGUAUGCUGAUCUGUGAAGAAACCAACGUUGUGCUGGACAUGAUUCAGCCAAAAGCUGAAGUCAUCCGGAGAGCCUGUGAAGAUCUUCUGAACAGUCAUCGUCUGCCACUCUUUUGUCAACUGAUUCUCAAAGUUGGAAACUUUCUGAACUAUGGAAGUCAUACAGGCGACGCUGAUGGAUUUAAAAUCAGCACUUUACUCAAACUAACAGAAACCAAAGCAAACCAAACCCGCAUUACGCUGCUCCACCAUAUUCUGGAGGAAGUAGAAAACAGCCACACGGACCUCCUGGAACUGCCAAAGGACCUUGAAUAUGUUUCGAAAGCAGCAGGAAUUAAUCUUGACAUUAUACACUCGGAGUCCAGUGCCAAUUUAAAGAAGUUGCUGGAGCUUCAGCGAAAGAUCUCGUCAUCAGAUGACGAUGUGAAACAACAGUACGAGAAACCUAUCCAGGAUAGCAUUGAUGCCUCUAGAAAGCUGGAAGAGGAAUUCGAAACCAUUGAAAGGAAGAGAGAAGAACUUGCAAAUUAUCUCUGUGAAGACUCAAGCAAGUUGUCCUUAGAGGACAUAUUUAACACCAUGAAGACCUUCAGAGAUCUCUUCAUCCGAGCCUUGAAGGAAAACAAGGACAGAAAGGAGCAAGCUGCAAAAGCAGAGAAGAGGAAGAAACAGCUGGAAGAAGAAGAGGCUAAGAGACAGAAGGGAGAAGAUGGAAAAGUCAUUAAGAAGGGAGCGGUGAAGCAGGAGGACGUGUGCGUCAUCGAUGCAUUGCUGGCCGACAUAAGGAAAGGGUUCACGCUGAGGAAGACAAAGAACAGACACGAGUCGGAUGCGCUUCCUAAAAUCUUGCCAGUGGAGAGCCCAGAGGAGAGCCAGCCUGGAAAGAGCAUUAAUGAUCCACAAGCAGCAGAAAAACAAAUCAAUAAUAAGAAAAGGCAAAGCAGCAAUGGUCGUCCCUCAGAAAGCACUCCCUCCUCAGCCACUGCCCUAACAGAGACAGGUAAAGAUGUUACAAAUGCCUCAGCUUCAAACCAGGCUUUAUCUAAAGAAAACACUGAAGGAAAUUUGCCACCAGAGUCCCAAACUGAAGGCUCAUCUGUCAGCUCAACGGAAGUUGAUGGGGCCGGUCAGCCCAAGCAGGGAGCAGGCAUGCAGCAGGCAGACGGCUUGGUAAGCCUGCAGGAGAACACCGAGAGCGGCGUCAUUGCCUUCUCUGCCACCAGUAUAGGCACUGGGAUAAAGUUCGCGAGCAGCAGUUUGAGCACUGUUCUGAGAGACCAGCUCAAUGGGUCCGUUUCUCCAGAAGACCAGGACAACGAAUCCCAACCUGAUGGUUCAGAGAGCGUCAGGCCAGCUAACGAGCCAAGCAAUCCCCAGCUAAGCAAGAAUGGAGUAGAUCCUGGCAGUGCUCAGUCCACUCCCUUUGAUGAGGCUCAUCAGGCAGGGUCAAGAGAGAUGGCGAAGGAAAAUGAAGACCCUGGUACAGACUCACUGUUGGACACUUCUCAAGAGAAGUCCUUCUCAGAGGAGCCAGCCACCGAUUCUUCCUGUUCAGCAACGCUCCCCCCUGGAGAAACUUAUAGUGACAGGGAAAAGCAAAGAACAUCGGGGAAACGGAAAAAGAAGAAGAGGCACAGCAAAAGCUACACAGGUGUCACAGCAAGGCAGAAGAAAUAAUUGAGAUGCAGUGAAAUGCUAACAAAUCCCCCCAGUGCUGCCAGUCUCUCGGAAGCAAAGUUCUGCAGUACCCAAACGCCACUUACAGUCAGUUUGUUGCAGCCGGAUGCAAAGCUUCUCCUCGCACAGGCUUUUACUCCCUUCCUGAAGACCCAAAGAACCUCCCUGGAGACUUGAGCACCUUCAGCCCGUGCCUUACGUGUCCUCUGCCGAGGCCUGGUGCUGCGAGAGCUCCGCGCCCAGACGCCCCUCGAGAUGUGGGGACUCUGUGUGCGGAGGGUUGCAAGGGUCAGACCUCGAACGAACUCUUCUUCGAGCCAAAUCUUUCAGCUUGCUUUUAGGCAAGGCUCCUCUCGAAACGAUAGUUGAGCUUGGCCCAAGAAAGCACUGCAGCACGUAGCCCUCUGAGGAAUUUUAAAAAUAGCAGUGCCUCGACAAAUUAAGGGUGUGAAUUUAGCACUUGUUGCACUGUUACGGGUGGAAGUAUGUUGCUCCCUCAUCACCCGCUGACAAUUUAUAUUGGAGCAGAUCCAAGACACAGUUCAGACAAAUGUAUUUUCACUCUCAGUUGUUUAAAACAAGGGAGAUCACAGAAACAAAGCGUAUGUAUUUUAUUAAACCUACGGCCAUAUAAACAGUGUCCAGUUCCAACCUAUGCUUGUGUGCAAUUAAGUGUAAGCAUGUCAGUAGUCUUGCAGUAGUCUCACGUACAGAUACAUGCAUAAACCUUUGGAGAAUCGGGGCCUAAGUUCCUGUGACUAAAGCAGCAGAAAGAGGUUUUCCAGGGGGCUCUACUAGCUAGAUUUUCAGCUCAUCCUUUAGUAAAUCUCUGGGUUUGAAUAUCAUGCUCAGCUGCUUGCACUCAAAAGUCAUUGUGUUCAAGUUGCAGAAUGUGUAGUUUCAUGUUACUGUUUUAAAACUAGGAGUGUGCAGUAUUGUGUUUUAAAAAUUCAGAGCUUUAUUUCUCAAUUAAGUUUUGUAAUAACUUUGUAUCAUAGUUUUGUACAUAGUUGUCAAUUUAAAAUUCUGUAUGUUGAGUCUAUGGUGUGAUACUGUGCUGAAACAUGCAUCGAUUGGAAGAGAUUGUUACAGUUAAGAACUAUGCCUUUAUAUGGUAACUCACUGUGUCUAGACUAACGUUCAGACUAAAGCUUAUUUUGCUUUGCUUUGUAGGACUUGUAAUCUAUUUACUGAGAACUUUGCUGGACUAAGUUGGGAGUUAAACCAAUUAAAAUCACUGAUGACUUUUAACAAAAGCAUUGUUACAAGCAUAUUGAAAAACUGGUUAAAAGCAAAGAUCAGUUUAGGAUAGACACGUUGCAGAUUCAGUUCCUGAGAUCCUGGGGGGCAGCACAGCCCCGUUGCAGCUGAAAGCAGACAGCCCACUAGCAGAGGUGGGCAGAGCCCCACCAUUUCCUGCAGAACUGCCUAACUUGCCCAGGUGUGACUCGUAGUACUAACGCUAUCAUGUUUACAGGUCUACCCUUUUGUCUUUUUUCCAGUCUCAGAACACAUCACUCAAGUAUCAAUCGUUUCACUGUCAUUUUUCCUGCUCUCAUAUUAGAGCCCAGGCUACAAAAAUCUGAGUAUCAAACAUGUUUACCCAGCAGCUUUGCAACCUCUGAGUUUCCAGCAAGAGCCUACAGCCCAGAGUAGCAGCAAGUAGCCAGCCUCCUCCACCCCACAGCUAUUUUACCAAAAGGAACAAGGUCAUUUUGAGAUUUCGGACUAGGGAGCCUUACCUGCUGAUACUCCAGGCAGGCUGAUUUCUUCAGAGGCUACAGCAGGUGUGCACAUCUCACUCUGGUCUUUCAGCUACUCCUAUUUGCAUCUGAAGAGAAAAACCCUUUUCACAGGGCCGGGAAUUUUAUUUCUCUGCAUUCUUAGCUUGGCCUUCAAAGAAACGGCGUGUGGCAUUGUCUUUUCACUGGCCUCAAGAGUUUGCUGAAAAGUGCAUUAUUUUGAGCCACUGCUGGUUCUUUGUUCUGUAGUCAUCUGUGAAAACUAUAUUAAAUUGUCUAUACAAUGACAUCCCGAUGAGCAGGCCAAAGCACGGCACUUACUUAGAAUUAUUACUUAAGAGCAGCUCUGCUUCCAUUGUAGAGAUUAUUUAACAAGAACAGGAGAGCAGAAUCAGAGCAGGUCAAAGAAAAAGGUCCAGCUAGGAUUUGCUCCAUUUGUAACCUUUAAGUAAAGCUUGUGAUCUUGAAGAUUUUUUCAGUGAUGGUUACAAGUUCAAACUAAUUGCUGGUAAAAACAAUGGCACUUGCAGCAGCUUCAACAGGUCUGUGCUCAUUUGAGCCAAUAGUGAGUUUUGACCUCAAAAAAUAAUUCUUGUAGUAUAUUACAGCAAAUGCACAUGGAAUCCAUUAUGUAAACAAGCCUGUGAACAUGACAAGUUUCUAGCUGUCAAAUAACUGCAUAUUCCUAAUUAAACACCAGCUAUGUGAUAAAACCAA